ACUUGCAGAAAAAAUAUUUUUCUGUAAAUAAACUUCCUUUCAACCGCAAUUAAAAAAUAGUUAAAAUGGUUAUCCGUACAUAUGAUCAGGAGCUUGAAUAUAUCGAAAGACUUACAGAUUACAGUUUCAGAAUCAAAAAAGGCUUCCAGCCAAACAUGAAGGUUGAAGGAGUUUUCUAUGUGAACAAACAUUUGGAACCUUUGAUGUUUGAAGAGUUGAGGAAUUCUUGUCGAUCUGAUGGCAUUGGAGGCUUCCUACCAGGCAUGAAACAAAUUGCAAACGUGGCUGCACUAGAUGGAAUCGUUGGAAAGUCAGUUGGUCUUCCUGAUAUUCAUUCUGGAUAUGGCUUUGCUAUUGGUAACAUGGCAGCUUUUGAUAUGAACAACCCUUUAUCGAUUGUUUCUCCUGGCGGUGUUGGUUUUGAUAUAAAUUGCGGCGUUCGUUUGUUACGAACAAAUCUCAUGGAAAAAGAUGUCAAACCAGUGCAAGAACAAUUGGCUCAAAGUCUUUUCGAUCACAUUCCUGUUGGAGUUGGCAGUAAGGGUAUCAUCCCAAUGAAUGCUAGAGAUCUCGAAGAAGCUCUUGAAAUGGGCAUGGACUGGUCACUUCGUGAAGGAUAUGUGUGGGCGGAAGACAAGGAACAUUGUGAAGAAUAUGGACGAAUGUUGAACGCUGAUCCAUCGAAAGUCAGUUUGAGAGCGAAGAAACGAGGAUUACCACAACUUGGCACUCUUGGUGCAGGAAAUCAUUACGCGGAGAUUCAAGUUGUUGACGAGAUUUACGACAAAUGGGCUGCAAGUAAAAUGGGAAUUGAAGAAACUGGCCAAGUUUGCAUUAUGAUUCAUUCAGGAAGUCGUGGCUUUGGUCAUCAAGUUGCAACCGAUGCUCUCGUUGAGAUGGAGAAAGCAAUGAAACGUGAUAAGAUUGAAACGAACGAUCGACAACUUGCAUGUGCGAGAAUUCAAUCGCCAGAAGGCCAAAACUAUCUGAAAGCAAUGGCAGCGGCUGCAAACUUUGCUUGGGUGAAUCGAAGCUCGAUGACAUUUUUAACACGACAAGCUUUCGCUAAACAAUUCAAUACAACACCAGACGAUCUCGACAUGCAUGUAAUUUAUGAUGUCAGCCACAAUAUUGCGAAAAUCGAGAAUCACGUCAUUGACGGAAAGGAAAUGAAGCUUCUUGUUCAUAGAAAAGGAAGCACGCGCGCUUUUCCACCACAUCAUCCGCUAAUUCCUGUCGAUUACCAACUGACAGGUCAACCAGUUCUAGUUGGUGGAACUAUGGGCACUUGCAGUUACAUUUUAACCGGCACAGAAAAAGCUUUAAGUGAAACAUUUGGUUCAACAUGCCACGGAGCUGGUCGAGCUUUGUCACGAGCGAAAUCACGACGAAAUAUCGACUACAUGGACAUUUUGGAACAGAUGAAAACAAAAGACAUUGCGAUUCGUGUUGCAUCGCCAAAAUUAGUCAUGGAAGAAGCUCCAGAAUCAUACAAAAAUGUCACCGACGUUGUUGACACUUGCCAUAAAGCUGGAAUUAGUAAAAAUUGCGUAAAACUUCGCCCAAUUGCUGUCAUUAAAGGAUAAAAAUUUUGUUGUACUUUAUUGAGAAGAAAUAAAAACUUAAAUUUUCUUUAUUUUAUUAA